AUGAUAAAUUUUAAAAAUAUUCCGGAAGAAGCUUUAGAUUAUAUUAAAGAGUGUGUCCCAAUAAACCUUAGCUCUUUUUUCCAUUGGGAAAAUUUUAAUCAUAAGUUCCCAAAAGUUCCUUUUGCCUCCUUCCAAAAAGCAUUUGAUAAAUUUAGAAAAGACUAUUUUAAUUCAAGUAUCUCUUUAAAAAAAAGUCAAAAAAUUAAAAAGGAGUCAAAAAGAGAAAAAGAAGGUAUUAGAGGAAGUUCUAACUCAACUUUGAAAAAAUUAAAGUCUUCAAAAGAGCUUGUCAUUUUUUCAGAUCAAAGCCCAAUGGAUAUCGAAAUCUGCCAAAAAAAAUAUACAAUUGAAGCAACUCCCACGAAGUAUGAGUUUUUUCUUAUUAACAAUUUAGAAUUAGGUUUUCCAUUAAUUUAUAAAUUUUGUUAUUCAAUGAAAUUUGUGUUUCAAAUUCCAAAAUAUGGUGUUUUGAUUAUAAAUCCAGGAAUAUACAAUGGUAAAAAAGUUGAUCCUCAACUUUUGAAAAUAAAAGGAUAUCCAGAAGAUGAAUAUUAUUUUGGUUUCAAAUACCAUAUGAUGAUUCCUCAAAAAAACCAACUUGCUAAUGUCAUGUCUCAAGAGGAUCUUUCGAAAUGGGAUGAUGGACAUAAAUAUUCAAUUUUAAAAAAAAUGGUCAUUCCGCUCGGUUUCCAUCACGUUCUCCAGUCAGAAACCGCUAACAUGCAGUUGUAUAACCAUGUUGAAAGAUUAUUAACCAACGAUACAAUCGAAUUCACAUUGUCAGUUGUAACAGUUGUUGAACCAACAUUGUAA